AUGGACCUCAUUACAAGUCGCCAUCAUUCAGAAUCAUACUAUAUAUUUGUCAGAGCUCAAUUUGAUUAUGACCCCUUGGAUGAUGAUUUGAUUCCUUGUGCACAAGCUGGGAUAGCCUUUAAAACUGGUGAUAUCCUUCAGAUAAUAAGUAAAGAUGACCACAAUUGGUGGCAGGCAAGGAAAGACAAUGCUGCUGGAUCAGCAGGCCUCAUACCCUCCCCUGAAUUACAGGAAUGGAGGACAGCUUGUAUGGCAAUGGAAAAAAGCAAACAAGAACAAGAUGGGGACACGGAUGGAGGAUGCACUUCUCACAAAGAUGGAUGUGAUGGCACAACAGUAAAUUGCUCAAUCUUCGGGCGUAAGAAGAAGCAGUAUAAGGACAAGUAUCUUGCUAAGCACAAUGCUGUCUUUGACCAAUUAGAUUUAGUUACUUAUGAAGAAGUUGUUAAACUACCAUUGUCUGAUCCAGCAUUCCAGAGGAAGACCUUAGUUCUACUUGGAGCACAUGGAGUUGGCCGAAGGCAUAUUAAGAACACAUUGAUAGCAAAGAAUCCUGAUAAAUAUGCAUAUCCCAUUCCACACACAACGAGACCACCACGAUCUGAUGAAGAAAAUGGAAGAAGUUACUACUUUGUUUCUCAUGAUGAAAUGAUGGCUGAUAUUGCAGCAAAUGAAUAUCUGGAAUAUGGAACACAUGAAGAUGCAAUGUAUGGCACAAAACUUGAGACAAUCAGAAAAAUUCAUCAGGAAGGACGCAUGGCUAUUCUAGAUGUAGAGCCGCAGGCUCUUAAGGUUUUAAGAACAGCAGAAUUUGCGCCAUAUGUGGUCUUUAUAGCAGCUCCAGUUCUUCAAAAUCUUGCCGAUUAUGAUGGAAGUCUUGAACGUUUGGCAAAAGAAUCUGAUCUUCUCCGACAAGCUUAUGGUCAUUUCUUUGAUUUAACAAUUGUUAACAAUGACAUUGAAGAAACAAUUGCAGCUCUUGAGAAGGCUAUUGAAAGAGUUCACACCACUCCACAGUGGAUUCCAGUGUCAUGGGUAUACUGACAGAAGCUACCGCCGGGGUCAACGGCUGUGCUGAAAUAGAAUCUGCUCUUCAGCUUGUUUGGGACAUUUCAAAUCCAUGACUUUGCUCAAAUACAUGGGGAUGAUAGCAGCACAAAUCAAAUUAAGAACUAUGGUCAACCAGAGCAAGUUCUGUAUAUUUACAAGUAUACCUGAUUGGUGUGAUGUUUGAAAUGGAUAUUUGCGGGAUCAAUGCAUUUAGUGGUUAUUUGCUGCUUAAGUAAAGUUUAUUGUACAAGGAAGAAUAGAUUCAGAUUGGUUUGGUGGUGCAGUGAUUUUAGAUAACAGCUGCUCUUUGGCUAUGAAAACAAUCAAAUAAGACACAAGUCUGUGAUAACUGGAUGAGAAACACUAUUCUGUAGCUGUUGUAUAUCAGGCUACUUUUGUUCAAAUUUAAGCACUCAGACUAUUUCCAGGGGGUGUUACAUCCUCAAAUAUUGUAGUUUGUUCAGUCAGCCUUGUAGAUAACUUGUUAAAUUCUAGUUCUUAGUAAAUUGUACAUUUUGUACACCCUCAUUAAUAAGAUAUCUGCACAUGCCGAAAGCAGAUGGAUAAGGCUAUCUGCAAGGCUGCCAAAACUAUUCACACACAAACAAAAAAGGAGUAAUGGAAGUGAUUUUAAUUAUCCUAAAAUAAACUUACAGGUAAAUUAUAUUCAGGAAGUACACAUUGAACCUUGCACAUACAUGACAAGAAGGAAUUGAGUUACAUUUUGUAACUAAUGUGUAAUCUAGUUUGAUGCAAGAUGAGAAGAGAGUGUUUUGUGUAAAAGUGCCCUGUUAAAAGAAGAUAAAUCUAUUAAAGUGAGUACAUUGUGCAAUGGUAAAUGGUGAGUUUGGCGAUGAAAAUCACUCAAGACUGACACAGUUGGAUUGUUCAUUUAGUUACCAGGUUAGAGUGUAUCCAUCAUGUAGAUGGUGAUAAAAAUUUGUUGAGUUUCUGCCUGACUUGUAAUGGGCUGGCCCAAAAAGAAUAUCUGUAACAGGUACAGUGUUGAUAAUGUUUCGGAUGAAGUUGGAUAACAAGUGUUUUUUUAUUCAAAUUGAGAAAGGGGUGAUUUUUCAAAUUCCAGUUAAUAUAAAAUUAGAUUAAAUCUAGGGUGUUAUGCAUUGGGUGCUGAAUCAGUCCAAUAAAACUGGAUGGAUGAUGAUACAUGAGGUUUCCCAGCAUUGCUGAUGUGGGCUGUGAGUGGAUGUUUUAGCAAAUGCUUGUUUCAAUUCUUUUAAAAAGCAAGGUAAUAGUUUAAAAAGACUCAGAAAUUUAGUGCAAAGUAGAUAACAAUAGACAGGAGUUGUAACCUUUACCAUAGAGUGUUUUGGUACGAAGAAUCUAAGCAAAGGAAAUAAAACAGUUGACAAAUAAUUAAAAGGUUUAAUAAAUCUAUUGGUAAAACUAAACAAUAAUAAAACAGAGCUUCAGCUUUGCAUAAUUAUGUAAUAUAUCUUUGAGACUUCUCUUAAUUAAAACAAUAAAAUGGAUAUUCCUACUUAUCACAGUUAUACUGUUUAAUUGAUAGUCGAUAAAUUUUUAAACAAAUGAAAAUUAGUUGGAAUUAGUGAUUCAGCAAGAGCAAAAAUAAAAAAAGAAAGAAAAGAAUGACUUAUUGAUUGAGUUGUAUGUGCAUCUCAGUGUAACUUUCUUGUAGUGUAAUGCAAACAAGAGCAACAUUGUUGAAAUUCUGGUUACUGUUGCAAUUUUUUACUUCACUGAUGCCAACUGAAUUAAAGCUGGCUCUUCUUAACAAAGGUAUUCAGAAAGUGUCUCUUUAUUUUAAAUUGUAUGUUUGAUUUUUGAAUUUAUGUACAAUUUUCAAGACAUUUUAUCCCAUUGAAAGUGGUGCAUUAAAAGUAUGCCUCUAUUGCAACUUAUUUGUGAAUUACAUUCUGGAAAGGAAUGCAUCCAACAUGCAAGUUCAGAAGGAGUGGAAUACUGGAAUUCAAUUGUGCUAAAAAAAAUUACAUAUCAAGCACUGAAGACCAAAAUGUGAAAUUCUGAAGGAUAAAGAAUGUGACACUGAAUGAAGGAAACUACUAACCUGGGAUGUGUGUGAAGUGUACUUCACAGGAUAUCCUGUGUAGUUCGUAUAUGACAUGAACUGUGUUAAUUGAAAUAUAUUCAAGGACCAUACAUUUUG